UUGCGUUCCCAACUCGACACAAACGAGAUCACGAGUUGCGUUUCCGACUUGAGUCUAACCGUUGGUCUGUGCCCGUUUUCCGGGCUUACGCAACUUGGACGCACGCAAUCAAAUGCCGAAAGCUGUAAUGGCGACCCUGUACACUGGAAAAGUUGUGUAUACCACUGAUCUUGACUGGUUAAGAAGUCUCCCCAGACAGUUUCGCGACCCAACUACCCAGUCGUCUUCAACCACGCCGCUAAAGGACUCAAGGACGUUCCGACUCAGCAAUAAUGUUAUGUCUACUCCAGUGAGUCACUAUAACAUUAACCACGAGCUCUUCACAGCACUGCCACAAUGAACCAAAGCGGUCCGUCAGUUCCGACAUCCGGUCGAUUUCCACGACGACGCUCACUAUCUGAAGGCCACAACCUUCAACUGUUGGGGAACCAAGUGAAGAAAGAACCCAAUGAUCGACCAACUCGGAGCGAUAACGAGCUGCAUUCUACUCUUGCCAAGCGCCCCCAGUCUACCAGUGUGGUCGUCACUGCUCAAGGCGUGAAAUUUAAAGACAAAUACAACCGAUACCAGAGCAGACUGGAGCAUCUCAUGGCGCUCGCAACAGAUCCGACUAGCUCUAAGAGCAACGCUUUGCUAGCUCAGAAGGCACUCAGGUAUCGCUACAAGUCCAUUGAACGACGGCACACGUCCAACUAAACAUAAUACUUGUCCACCUAUCUUAAAAGACUCGUAAAGUGCACACCGGUACAAUAGUAUUAUA